AUGGCCUCCUCGAGCAGAUCAACAUCUGGGACUUCCGGAUCAGAACUCAGCUCUGUGAGAUCUUCGCUCCCUCUCGACAAGCUGGUACCGUAUCUCGAACGGAACAUCGAGGGUUUCAGAGGUCCUGUACAAGUGAAGCAAUUCAAGUCCAAUCCUACUUACCUCCUCACACCCUCUACCCCAAAUCAAUCAUAUGUCCUCCGAAGAGCACCCUCCGGUCCUUUGCUCUCACCGACAGCUCAUCGAGUGGAUCGCGAGUAUCUGAUACUAUCAGCACUAAACAGAUACAACCGGACCGUAUCCGAAUCUCAUGCGGUGCCGGUCCCUAAAGUAUACUGUCUUUGUGAGGAUAAAGACAUAGCUGGAGCGGCGUUUUACGUCAUGGAAUACUUAAAGGGAAGGAUAUUUACCGACGUGCGCUUGAAAGAGCUGGACAAGGAGGAAAGAUGGGCGUGCUGGCACUCGGCCAUCUCAACGUUGACAAAGCUAUCUACCAUACCUAUUCCUUCCCUGAACCUCCCAGCCUCAUUCGCACCUCUGCCAUCUUCCAAGCCAUAUUUUCCGAGGCAAGUGGGUUCUUUACUUAAAGUAUCUCACGCACAGAGUAAAGCAAAGAACAAAGAUACAGGGGAAGAAGUCGGUGCUAUAUGGGGUACUGCCGAGAUGAAAUCGUGGUUCGAAGAAGGUGCUGAGAAGCUUGCUGAGCUGGAACUGCGGAGAGGAGUAGGAGGGGUAGUUCAUGGGGAUUACAAGUUAGAUAAUCUAAUAUUCCACCCCACCAAGCCAAAGGUCAUAGGUAUACUGGAUUGGGAAUUAUGCACUCUCGGUUCCCCGUUAGCAGACCUAGGUAAUCUGCUCUUACCAUUCUCCUUCCCACCAAUAUCUCCAUCUCAUCGAAAGGAAUUAGCUAGUGCUUUGGGUUCCGAAGAUCCGAGAGAUGACAUGACUCUGUUAUUGGGACUGAAAGGCUUGUCAAGUCAAGAGACGGGCUUGCCCCAGAGAGAGGAAUUGGAGAAAUGGUGGGUGGACGGUAUGAACGAUGGAUUGGCCUUCCAUCAACAGCAAAAAGGGAACAGUUGGGUUUUGCCUAUCCCUGGAAUGAGUUGGGUGAGAUCAUGGAUCCUGUUUAGAUUAGCAAUCAUCGCUCAGGGUAUAGCAGCUAGAGCUGCAUUGGGUCAAGCGAGCUCAGCAGAUGCUAGAGCAGAUAGUAGACCGGUCUUUGAUUUCUUCGGUAAGAUGGCUUGGGAAGUGAAAAUAGAAGCGGAGAAGGAGGGGAGAGCCAAGUUGUAG